AUUGGAGCCAGCUAAAAAUUUUAUUUCAUUAUCCGUCAAAAUUUUGGUUCUUUCAGCCAUUGACCACGUGCUUUGAGUUAGUGAAGAAAGGAGGUUCAAUAUGGCCAAGUCUAAGAAUCACACCAAUAAUAAUCAAUCAUACAAGAAUCAUCGUAAUGGGAUUAAGAAGCCAAAACGACUUAAACAUCCAUCAAUGAAGGGGGUUGAUCCGAAAUUCCUGAGGAAUCUCAAAUAUGCCAAGAAAGGGAACAUGAAAGCAAUCAGAAAGAGAAAUCAAGAGAAAGCCAAGAGAGCUCUUGAGGCUUUUGCACAGAAAACAGAAAAAAUGGAGCAGUGAUUGGUUUUAUAAAACUAGAAUAAUAAUAAUAGUCAUUAUAAUGAUGUACUCCCUUUUUGAUAAUAAUAAGAAUGACAAUA